CCCCACUUGCCAACAACAAAAAAAAAUAUCUUAUACUCAUACACCCCCCCUCCCCAAAAUCUUUCAAUUUCUUGAAAAAGCAGCCGCCUUUAUUCUCUCAAUCUGUUUCUUUACAAUCUUUAUACAUUAAGGAGGAAAUGGAUCGGUCCAUGGUGCCGGGUAUGGAUCUACCGAUCAUGCAUGAUAGUGACCGGUAUGAUUUGGUUAAAGAUAUUGGGGCUGGGAACUUUGGAGUUGCUAGGCUUAUGAGAGAUAAACAGACCAAAGAACUUGUUGCUGUUAAGUAUAUUGAAAGAGGCCAAAAGAUAGACGAGAAUGUUCAAAGGGAAAUCAUCAAUCACAGGUCUCUUAGACAUCCUAACAUAGUUAGGUUCAGAGAGCUCAUAUUGACACCGACCCAUUUGGCGAUUGUGAUGGAAUAUGCUUCCGGGGGCGAAUUAUUCGAUAGAAUUUCCAAUGCAGGGCGCUUCAAUGAGGAUGAGGCCCGGUUCUUCUUUCAACAACUUAUAUCUGGUGUCAGUUACUGUCACUCUAUGCAAGUUUGUCACCGCGAUUUGAAGCUAGAGAACACUUUGUUGGAUGGAAGCCCGGCUCCCCGUUUGAAGAUUUGUGAUUUCGGUUACUCCAAAUCCUCAGUGCUGCAUUCGCAGCCAAAAUCGACAGUCGGUACACCAGCAUACAUAGCUCCUGAAGUGUUGCUCAAGCAAGAAUAUGAUGGAAAGAUUGCAGAUGUGUGGUCAUGUGGGGUGACAUUAUACAUCAUGCUCAUUGGCGGCUACCCGUUUGAAGACCCUAACGAACCAAAAGAUUUUCGCAAGACGAUUCAUAGAAUUCUUCAUGUUCAGUAUUCAAUUCCAGAAAACAUUCAGAUAUCCCCUGAAUGUCGGCACCUCAUCUCAAGAAUAUUUGUGGCAGACCCUGCACAGAGAAUCACCAUGGAUGAGAUAAAGAGGCAUGAUUGGUUUCUAAAGAACCACCCCGCUAACCUCAUGGACGAAGAUAAGACGAUGAGCAACCAGUUUGAAGAGCCUGAUCAACCGAUGCAGAGUGUGGACACAAUUAUGCAGAUUAUAUCGGAAGCCACCAUUCCACCUGCAGGCCUAUAUGAUCUUGAUAUGAUGGAUGAUGAUGAUCUUGAUGACUUCGACUCUGACCCUGACGAACUUGAUAUCGAUAGCAGUGGUGAGAUCAUAUAUGCUAUGUAAUGGUCGAAGCUAUAUACACGUUGUUGUAAGUUUUCAUGUAUGUAGAAUUGUUUACGGGUUGUGGUAACAUGUCAAGAUGGGAGUCAGGGUUGUGUUUUUUGAAUCUUGGGUAGGUCCUUUUUUCAUGGGCUUUUCCGCGAAAGAAAAAAGGACCUGACCCUUUUGGUAUUACCACUGGAGUUGAAUAUAUACGCCGAUUGUUGUUUCGUGUACGCCUUUUUUGUAUUACAGAAUGAUCAAUCUGGAGCAAUAACUAUUAUUUCCAUG